AUGUCCCGGAUCGAAAAGAUGAGUAUUCUAGGCGUGCGGAGUUUUGGAAUAGAGGACAAAGAUAAGCAAAUUAUCAGUUUCUUCAGCCCCCUUACAAUUUUGGUUGGACCCAAUGGGGCUGGGAAGACGACCAUCAUUGAAUGUCUAAAAUAUAUUUGUACUGGAGAUUUCCCUCCUGGAACCAAAGGAAAUACAUUUGUUCAUGAUCCAAAGAUCACGCCAGACAGAAUACAGAGAAACCAGAUUGACUACAUCUGUGGAAAGAGGCAUGGAGAAAAAGUCAGUCUCAGCUCUAAGUGUGCAGAAAUUGACCGAGAGAUGAUAAGUUCUCUUGGGGUUUCCAAGUCUGUGCUAAAUAAUGUCAUCUUUUGUCACCAAGAAGAGUCUAAUUGGCCUUUAAGUGAAGGAAAGGCUCUGAAGCAAAAGUUUGAUGAGAUUUUUUCAGCAACAAGGUAUAUUAAAGCCUUGGAAACACUUCGACAGGUACGUCAGACACAAGGUCAGAAAGUAAAAGAAUGUCAGACAGAACUAAAAUAUCUGAAGCAGAAUAAGGAAAAAGCAUGUGAAAUUCAAGAUCAAAUUACUAGUAAAGAAGCUCAGUUAACAUCUUCAAAGGAAAUUGUCAAAUCCUAUGAGAAUGAACUUGAUCCAUUGAAGAAUCGUCUAAGAGAAAUUGAGCAAAAUCUCUCUAAAAUAAUGAGACUUGACAAUGAAAUUAAAGCCUUGGAGAGCAGAAAGAAACAAAUGGAGAAAGAUAAUAGUGAACUGGAGCAGAAAAUGGAAAAGGUUUUUCAAGGGACUGAUGAGCAGCUAAAUGAUUUAUAUCACAAUCACCAGCGGACAGUAAGAGAGAAAGAGAGGAGACUGGUAGACUGUCAGCGUGAACUGGAAAAAUUAAAUAAAGAAUGUAGGCUGCUCAAUCAAGAAAAAUCAGAACUACUUGUUGAACAGGGUCGUCUACAGCUACAAGCAGAUCGCCAUCAAGAACAUAUCCGAGCUAGAGAUUCAUUAAUUCAGUCUUUGGCAGCACACCUAGAAUUGGAUGGCUUUGAGCGUGGACCAUUCAGUGAAAGGCAGAUUAAAAAUUUUCACAAACUUGUAAGGGAAAGACAAGAAAGGGAAGCAGAAACUGCUAACCAGUUGAUGAAUGACUUUGCAGAAAAAGAGUCUCUGAAGCAAAAGCAGAUAGAUGAGAUAAGGGAUAAGAAAACUGGACUGGGAAGAAUAAUUGAGCUGAAAUCAGAAAUCCUAAGUAAGAAGCAGAAUGAGCUUAAAAAUGUGAAAUAUGAAUUACAGCAGUUGGAAGGAUCUUCAGACAGGAUUCUUGAACUGGACCAGGAACUCACAAAAGCUGAACGUGAGCUAAGCAAGGCUGAGAAAAACAGCAGUGUAGAAACCCUAAAAACUGAAGUCAUGAGCCUUCAGAAUGAGAAAGUAGACCUAGACAGGACUUUGCGUAAAUUGGACCAGGAGAUGGAGCAGUUAAACCAUCAUACCACAACACGUACCCAGAUGGAGAUGCUGACCAAAGACAAAGCUGACAAAGAUGAACAAAUCAGAAAAAUAAAAUCUAGACACAGUGAUGAAUUAACUUCAUUAUUGGGAUAUUUUCCCAACAAAAAACAGCUUGAAGACUGGCUUCAUAGUAAAUCAAAAGAAAUUAAUCAGACCAGGGACAGGCUUGCCAAAUUAAACAAAGAACUAGCUUCAGCUGAGCAAAAUAAAAAUCAUAUAAAUAAUGAGCUGAAAAGAAAGGAAGAACAGUUAUCCAGUUAUGAAGACAAGCUGUUUGAUGUUUGUGGUAGCCAGGAUUUUGAAAGUGACUUAGACAGGCUUAAAGAGGAAAUUGAAAAAUCCUCAAAACAGCGAGCCAUGUUGGCUGGAGCCACAGCAGUUUACUCCCAGUUCAUCACUCAGCUAACAGAUGAAAACCAGUCAUGUUGCCCUGUAUGUCAGAGAGUUUUUCAAACAGAGGCUGAAUUACAAGAAGUCAUCAGUGAUUUGCAAUCUAAGCUGCGGCUUGCUCCAGAUAAACUUAAAUCAACAGAAUCAGACCUAAAGAAAAAAGAAAAGCGCCGUGAUGAAAUGCUGGGACUUGUGCCCAUGAGGCAAAGCAUAGUUGAUUUGAAGGAGAAGGAAAUACCAGAACUGAGAAACAAACUGCAGAAUGUCAAUAGAGACAUACAGCGCCUAAAGAAUGACAUAGAAGAACAGGAAACACUCUUGGGUGCAAUAAUGCCUGAAGAAGAAAGUGCUAAAGUGUGUCUGACAGAUGUUACAAUUAUGGAGAGGCUGCAGAUGGAACUUAAAGAUGUUGAAAGAAAGAUUGCACAGCAAGCAGCUAAGCUACAAGGAAUAGACUUAGAUCGAACUGUUCAACAAGUAAACCAGGAAAAACAAGAAAAACAACACAAAUUAGAUACAGUUUCCAGCAAGAUUGAAUUGAAUCGUAAGCUUAUACAGGACCAGCAGGAACAGAUUCAACACCUAAAGAGUAUAGCAAAUGAACUGAAAUCAGAGAAACUUCAAAUAUCUACUAACUUGCAACGUCGUCAGCAACUAGAGGAGCAGACAGUGGAAUUAUCCACUGAAGUUCAGUCCUUAUCUAGAGAGAUAAAGGAUGCCAAAGAACAAGUAAGCCCUUUGGAAACAACAUUGGAAAAGUUUCAGCAGGAAAAAGAAGAAUUAAUCAACAAAAAAAAUACAAGCAACAAAAUGGCACAAGAUAAACUAAAUGAUAUCAAAGAAAAGGUUAAAAAUAUCCAUGGCUAUGUGAAAGACAUUGAGAACUAUGUUCAAGAUGGGAAAGAUGACUAUAAAAAGCAAAAAGAAACUGAACUUAAUAAAGUAAUAACUCAACUAAGUGAAUGUGAGAAACACAAAGAAAAGAUAAAUAAAGAAAUGGGAAUCAUGAGACAAGAUAUUGAUACACAGAAGAUACAAGAAAGAUGGCUGCAAGAUAACCUUACUUUAAGAAAAAGAAAUGAGGAACUAAAAGAAGUUGAAGAAGAAAGAAAACAGCAUUUGAAGGAAAUGGGACAAAUGCAGGUUUUGCAGAUGAAAAAGUAUGUUUUAAAAAUAGUUAUUAGUUUAAACAGUCUUUUUUAUUGAAAUGUGAAUACUAUUAAAAAUAAUGCCAGCCUCGUCCUAGGGCGACAGAAAGGUUAUGAAGAAGAAAUUAUGCAUUUUAAGAAAGAACUUCGAGAACCUCAGUUUCGGGAUGCUGAGGAAAAGUACAGAGAAAUGAUGAUUGUUAUGAGAACCACAGAGCUUGUAAACAAGGAUUUGGACAUUUAUUACAAGACCCUUGACCAAGCAAUAAUGAAAUUUCACAGUAUGAAAAUGGAAGAAAUCAAUAAAAUUAUUCGUGAGCUUUGGCGAAAUACUUAUCGUGGACAAGAUAUUGAAUACAUAGAAAUUCGGUCUGAUGCUGAUGAAAAUGUAUCAGCUUCUGAUAAAAGGCGCAAUUACAACUACCGAGUGGUGAUGCUAAAGGGAGACACGGCCUUGGAUAUGCGAGGACGAUGUAGUGCUGGACAAAAGGUCUUGGCCUCACUCAUCAUUCGCCUGGCCCUGGCUGAAACAUUCUGCUUGAACUGUGGCAUCCUUGCCUUGGAUGAGCCAACAACAAAUCUUGACCGAGAGAACAUUGAAUCUCUCGCACAUGCUCUGGUUGAGAUAAUAAAAAGCCGCUCACAGCAACGUAAUUUCCAGCUUCUCAUAAUCACCCAUGAUGAAGAUUUUGUGGAGCUUUUAGGGCGUUCUGAAUAUGUGGAGAAAUUCUACAGGAUUAAGAAGAACAUGGAUCAGUGCUCAGAGAUUGUGAAAUGCAGUGUUAGCUCCUUGGGAUCUUACGUUCAUUAA